AACUACUCGUCGUGAUAUCGCUUCAAGCGCGUUACCUCCUUCGUUAGCAAUCGUAACUUGCAAGAACUUUCACUUUCUGCAAGGGAAGGUCAUCGAAAAUAAAGAGACGCAUGCCUUCGUCGUCGUAUAAAGCGAAAGCGCUCAGUUACGUCUGGUGCCCUCUUACGGUUGAGGUACUAUCAAUCUAGAAAGACAGUUUUACUGUAGAAAAUACAGUAAUUUGUCUUUGUAGUUGUACUGCAAUAAAGGAUAUCGAUUGCUUUAUCAUAUACAGGUCGUUAAAAAAUCAUGGUGGUCGUAAGCACUGGCUUUCUCGCCGCCAUGGGGUUCAAUUCCUUUUGGGAGUCCGUCCAAUCCGCGUGGGCUGGGUUUCAACUCAAAGACAGCCCCGACCGGGCGAUGGUCAUGCUGUUUGCGUUGAUUGGAUUCGGUACAGUUUUUGUUCUACUUUCGAAGCAUCAAAUUCAAGUUUUUAAUUUUAUGGAACGGCGCACUUUAAGUACGUAUGUAUAAUUCUUCUGGUCAUGCAAAGCUAUAAGUUGAACUCCCAGCCUCAGCACAAAAACAAAGCAAAACAAAAUCUCUACAGCUAUACUCCCCUUCGCCUAUUGCAUGGUCCUCUAUUGCACCCCGGAUAUUGUCUACCACUACUUCCAAAAGAGGACGAGAAAACAAGUGACUCACGUAUGACCUGCUCAAGCGUUACAAUCUUCUCAAAUGUUACAAUAGAAUCUGGGAUUUGUCUUGCAUAAUGAGCAUGACAGACUCGCAGACCAUUCCACUUUCUGCAACACAAAUUUCCGCAGAUUGUAGUGCGGUUUGGGACUCCGGAACUUGUCAUGCGCAGUCCUAUGAGACUUGGCUAGAUCAUGCACUUCGUGCAUCACAGAUAUCCAAACUCUGUCUAGAUUGUAACGUUUGAGAUUGUAACGUUUGAGAUUGUAACGUUUGAGCAGGUCAUAUCACGUCAGCGGCGCGGGGCAGAGUUCCCUCCUGGGCCACAAUCGGUUACCCAACUACCGGGCGCUGGACUUGCAAAAUAUGACGGAUACAAGAACGUGGAGCGGCGAGCUCGGUACCAUGUACGACAUUGAGAGGGCGAGAGACCCGAACUACGUACAUUUAGCGAGGUACUAAUGAUCAUCGAGCACCAAAACCAAUAAAGAGGUUGUGGUCAUAAGUUCUGGUUGUGAAGACUGAUGAAACUAGUACUGCCACCUGCUCUGUGCGCCAACCUCCGCCGGGAGACCAGGACCACCCCUAUCGACUACUUGUACUUGUAUUCCAGAUACUUUGUAAAAACUUUUCACUGCUUGUAUGUGAUCUGACCUCUUUAGUCUCCUAGAGAAUACAGCUUGACAUGCAAGUUCUUGGAUUCUCAAAAAUACCAAUAAAUAUGUACGAUUUUUGACGGGUUUGAAAUUUCAAUAUCGGACAAGUGCUAUUAAAACUCCAGGACCUGCUUGUUGUGCGCUGUUUCUUCAGAAACGCCAGGAGAUUAGAACGAAUGGCGAUAGCAAGAUGAAAAUCGAGCCAACAACUUGCUUCCAAGCUGCGCACAUACGGCUAUUUUCGGAUACGCAUAGGCACCACACACUUGCCUCCGUGCGAUUUCGAAUCUGUCUCGUUACUGUUUUGCAAAACAGCAU